AGGUAGAACACAUACACAUCAACUGGCAGACUACAAUCCACACCUUACCCAGGCUGCACAUGUAAAGGGAACCUGCCUUCUAUAUGUUCACUUACAUAUAUGCAUUACUUUAUAGACAUACACAUAGUACAUAUACACGCAAGGAUCACACAGGUUCCUCUGCAAAAGAACACAGUAACAUUUCACUGAAAACAUUGUAUGUGGGGUAAUUCUGCACACACAGGGAUUACAAUAUACAAAUUCUAUGUGCAUGAACACAUGUUCUGAGAUCCAUAAACUAUAAUACAUGCCACAUACUGUAUGCCCUACAUAGGAUGCACACUGCAAUAUAUGCCACAAACACAGCAGUCAGCUUUCACUAACACACACCAGCCCUCUGCUCUGUCCUGCAGCCAGCUUUCACUAACACACACCAGCCCUCUGCUCUGUCCUGCAGCCAGCUUUCACCAACACACACCAGUACUCUGCUCUGUCCUGCAGCCAGCUUUAACCAACACACACCAGUCCUCUGCUCUGUCCUGCAGCCAGCUUUCACCAACACACACCAGUACUCUGCUCUGUCCUACAGCCAGCUUUCACCAACACACACCAGUCCUCUGCUCUGUCCUGCAGCCAGCUAUUUGUUUUGGCUUCUGAGCUACAGGAACCUUGGCCAACAUGAGUGAAACUCAGGACUGCUCUUUCCUUCUUGUGAAGAUCCUGGAAGAUUUAGACUCUAAACAAAAUUCAGUAUCUUAUCAAGAUCUUUGCAAGUCCUUGUGUUCUCGCUAUGAUCUACCUGAACUAGCGAAGUUGCGUAGCCUCUUGUAUUACACAGCAUGCCAGGAUCCAAGCUUCCCAUCAGGACUCUUCCGAGACAAGAUGAGGAACGCAGCGGACAACCAACAGUCAAAAAAGAUCAUAGCAGCUGCAGAUAUAGUCACCAUAUUUAACCUGAUACAGAUGAAUGAUGGUGUUGCUAAAGAAAAGCUUCCCAUGCAACAGCAGACAAAGCAGAAAGAGGCAGUAGAGUCAGACAAUGAUGUUUACAGUGGGACAGACAUUGCUCCUCACAAAGAAACACAGAAGAGAGAUACUGGUCGUACCUAUUCGAUAACUAGGUCCUCCAGCUGUCACAAGGAUGAAUGUGAAGGGCGCCACACCUUCCUCCCAGAGCCAAACUUUCUCCUUGGAGUCAAACAAGAGGGAAAUGGUCGUGCAGGUUCCUUGGACAGGUUGCAAGCUAUGGACUCUUACCCCAUGGUAACGCCUCAGUCUUGUGAAAUGCAAAGUACCUAUUUUCCCAGCCAGCCAAUGUCUGAGACAGAAUCACUGCCACCCACACCAAGUGAGGAGCCAUUCCGACUCUCUUCUUCCACAGGGCAGAGGCGGGAUGUUUUCAAGGAAGAUUUCCAUAGCAUGAUGAGAAUGUCCCCAGAUGUGACAUUGAAAAAACAUGAUGAAAAGGUCAGCCCUAAAACAGUUUUCUUUAAUCAUAGUUUUGAGAUGCCCUAUAGCUCUCAUUAUCUGAACACUUCUUACUCCUCUUCUGAUGACUUCCGGAGGGCGAAACAUGAGAGCCUAGAUGACCUUCAGGCUUCUACUUACUUUGGCCCAACCACAAAGAUAGGAUGUCAAGAUCAUAAAAAGUUCUCAAGCAAACAAAAGCAGAAUUUGACCAAGCCAGUGAAAAGCUGGAGCUUGAAUACGGAAGAGGUGCCUGAUUUUGAACGUUCCUUUUUUAACAGAAAAGAAGACAACCUGUGCUACACUAGCAAAGGUUUGGUCCAGACUACAAAUUUUGUGUCUGUGCCUGAAAGGCACCAUUCUUACCUACCUGACUUGGCAUUAAAGUCUAAUGGAAAAAAGUUCUGUGAGCCUCAGGAUGUUGAAAAGCAGGAGGCACUGAAGAGAUUUAGGGACAAGAAUACUAAAAUUCCAUCAUGCCAAUACAGCAUUGACAAGACAGAAAGUGUUGGUACACAAACUGAACAAAACGAGACGAAAAAAGCAAAGGAGUCAAAUGUCCCUUCGAGUUGCAGCCGCUAUGUAGAAGGGAGGGCCCGUAAUCAAUCUGAGGCAGACUCUGAAAUCAUUAGUGAUGACAUAAGUGACAUAUUCCGCUUCUUAGAUGAUAUGAGUCUUUGUGGCUCCUCUGGAAUCCCUCAAUCAUCUUGCUAUAACAGCAGUGGUUCUUUAGUUCAAACACCACGGGCAGACCUUGAAAGCUCUCCAGAGCAUGCGGCAAACCGAACAAAUAGCAAACCAACAAAGGGACCCCGGACAGACACCGGAGAUGAAGAGGAGCUAAAGAGCAGCGUCAGAAAAUUAGUUAGGAGAAUAGGAGAAAUUGAGAAGAAACUGGAGUCCUUAUCUGGUGUGCGUGAUGAAGUGUCUCAAGUGCUGGCCAAACUGAAUAAGCUAGACGAGAGAAUCCAGCAGCCUGUUGAAAAGAGCAAGCUGGAAGUUGAAGGCCAGUCUCACAGCAACGAUUCUGUUUCCAACUCAAGGGUAUCUCCAAACCCAUUUCCAGAUGAAAACACAUCCCGCAAUGGGAAUGGGGAAAGUAAGCCUGAGUGCUGCUGUUCUGAUGUCAAUAAUAGUACCAGUGAAAGCCUUCGCGUCAAAGCCCUGAAGAAAAAUCUCUUUACGCAGCGCUCUGUCCGAUCGUUGACUGAUGAUAUUUCAAUUAACGACCCUAAAAUAGCAAACUCACCACAUGAUUGUAGGCCAUGGGGAUAUUCUAAACAAACUAGUAUAUCUGAAGAAGAGAAAAAAGAUCAAGGAGGAUCUAACAGCAGAGAUUGGCAUCGCAAGUCUAAAGAGGUUGAACGCCACCAUGAUAUUCCUCACGUGCACAGAAAAUCCCACAAGGAUUCGUACAUGGUGGAGCAAGUUUUCAGCCCACAUCCAUACCCAGCGUCCCUUAAAUCCCACAUGAAGAGUAACCCCAUUUACACAGACAUGCGGCUGACAGAAAUGGCAGAGUUAAAGAGGACCCAGCCUUCAUGGACUAUAGAAGAAUAUGCACACAACUCGGGGGAGAAGGGAAGGCUGAACGCUCUGGACCUGCAGACUCAAGAGUCCCUGAACCCCAAUAAUUUAGAGUUCUGGAUGGAAGACAUUUACACUCCUGGCUACGACUCUCUACUGAAGAGGAAGGAGGCAGAGUUUCGUCGAGCCAAGGUCUGUAAGAUGGCAGCUCUCAUCACCGCAGCGGCCUGUACCGUUAUUCUGGUGAUUGUUGUUCCCAUCUGCACAAUGAAGUCCUAAUCUCUGUAAAUGUACAGAAACUGUUUAAGCCACAGUCUUUGUGGGCUUUGCUUAUGGCGAAUAGACACGAAUCGCGAUAACAACGCUUACCGUCGACACACAAGUCAUUGUAAACAAUCGAAAGAAGCAAGAACUGCAAUCCAGCGCAAUGGGCAAUGCACUGUUGAAACCAUGCAAGACUUGAUGGGUUCGCAUGUACAUGGAAAGCAAAUAGGUCCCACAUGCCAAAUAUCAGCCAUUUUUAAAGGUUUUUGAUGGCUUCUCAGAUUGUGAUUGUUAAUAUAAACCUUUCUUGAUGGUUUUGUGUAAUAAUAUUUGGAUGCUAAAACCCAUAGAUGGGUAGGUUGAGACAUUAUUAAAGAUGUGCCAGAUUCAGCGGAUUAGCAAAGAGCAAAACUGAUGCAGAGGAGAUCGCUCAGCUAGGCCAGAAAGGUU